AUGUCUGUUAUAUUAUGCCAGUCAUUCUGGGAUAAUCAGUGGCUAAUUCAUUCAAUUAAAAGUGGUAGAAAAAGAAAAAGAAGACGCAAAAAUGCUGAUGACGAGGAUGGAUUUAUCAAUGAUGGCGAUGCAUAUGAUGACUUCCCUUCUACGUCUGACUCUAAGAAGUCCAGCUCGAGUUCAGGAGCAAAGGUCCCAGUCAAUAUUAACUUAACAAACUACAAAAGUGAUAAAUACAACAAUUUCAAGUAUGACAAGGAGAAAGAAAAAGAGAAGGAAAAGGAGAGGGAGAAGGAGAAGGAAAGAGAGAAACACAAAAAGCACAAAGAAAAGAGCAAGGCCAAAGCAGCACCUCCACCAAUGAGCUUUGAGGAGUUGCUGAAAAUGGCCCAGAAAAAACAGACUCUGCCAGGUGGCAAAACGGAAGAAGAAGCCAAGAAAAAAGUGAAGGAGCAAGAGAAAAAGAAGGACAUAGAUCGGCCGCUCACUGCCAAGGAGAAAGAGGAAUUAGAAGAAGAGAGAAGAAGAAAGUUGAGAAGAAUGGGCAAGCUGCCUCCAGAAAAGAAGGAACCAGAGAAGUCCAAAGAGAAGGGACAGAAGAAUGAGCCAAGUAGUCAGGAAGAGAAAGCAAAGAAGGAAGGUGAAAAGAUGGCUGGGAAGAAUAAGCCUGCAAGUAAACUGCAACAGGCGCUGGAGAAACCGAAGCCUGAACCCAAAGUGGUUGACAGAAGUAAAUACUUUGCAGUUCCAGCAGCGGCCAAGCCACGAGAACUUCCUCAAAGCAGGGACUCAAAGCCUUCCCAGAACUCUAAACAGAUGCCUUCCAAGUCUCAAGACAGCCGUGCAGUCUCGGCCAAUGAUGGCAGACCGCAGAAGAGCAGAGAGUUUCCUCCGAGAGACCUCAAGCCCCAAAAGUCCCGAGAUUUCCCACCAAAAGACAAAGGACGUCCAUUCCCUCCCCCAGACUUGCAUCGACGACAGCCCCCUGGUCCAUCGCUCAAGAGAGGCCGGAUUGAGAGUGAUUCAGAAGAGGAAUAUGACUCAGAAAUGGAUGAUUUCAUUGAUGAUGGGGAAGAAGAAUUGGAUUACUCAAAUGAAAUCAAGAAGAUGUUUGGAUAUGAUAAGAGCAGAUAUGCGUGGGUAUCAUUUGGUUCACUUGUGCAUUUUUCCAUGAUGUUUUGCUUUUAAGAAACUGACUUUUUU